AUGUCGGUAAAGGCUGUAUUCUCCCUGGCCCUUCUAGUUGAAGCAACACUAGCAGGGUCAUCCAGAUUUCCCAAAUACCCAGUUGAUCUCAAGUUUGAUGAGCUCCCAGAUCCUAGGAAGGUAUGGGCUGGGGAACCAGGCAGCCGAGAGGAAGGCCUUGGUCGGCUCGUACUGCUAACAGAUGAUCUUAUUCGCACGACGGCUGCCCAGCAAAUUCAAACUGGGCAGAGGGUUGGUUUGAACUGGGAGCUGACCAAGUUGGAGUACCCUUCCUUCGGACGAGAGCCCUUUCAGCAUAAAUUUGUGCCUAUUCUGGGAGGAGAUGCCAUUGACGACCUUUACACAAUGAAUCCUCAACAGAGUAGCCAGUGGGAUGGUCUGCGUCACUGGAGCAUGGUCGAGGAUGAAGACUCGGGCCGCCGUGUAUUUUAUGGUGGAACUACCAAAGAGGAGAUUAUAAACGGGACAACGGACCGCAUUGGAAUCAACUACUGGGCAGAAGAGGGCAUCAAUGGCCGUGGCGUGCUCAUUGACUACGUCUCCUGGGCUGAAGAGCAGGGCAUCGAGUACGAUGCCUUCUCAACCCACCCCGUUCCGCUUAAGGACAUUCUUCACAUCGCGGAAUUCUCAAACAUUACCUUCCAGAGAGGCGAUAUUCUCCUCGUUCGCAGUGGCAUGACAAAAAUGUGGGAGGAGGAAAUGGACCUCGCUGCCAAAAUAGCGUAUUCCAAGUCACCACAGCCCAGGCAUGUGGGCGUUGAAGCCACCAUGGACGUGGUCCGAUGGCUCUGGGAUGCUGGCUUUGCUGCAGUGGCUGGUGACUCUGUCUCGUUUGAAGUCUGGCCUCCAUCUGGCGAGUUCAGUCUUCACGAUUACAUUCUUGCUGGAUGGGGUAUGCCUUUAGGGGAGAUGUUCGACUUGGAGAGGCUUGCUGAGGUUUGCAAGGAGCAAAAUCGCUGGACAUUCUUCUUUACUUCGGCACCAUUCAACAUGCCAGGUGGCGUCUCAUCGUCUCCCAAUGCUCAGGCAGUCUUUUGA